AAGAAUUUCAGUUCCUCCGGUUGCUGUUUUGUAUCGAGAGAAAAUCAUCAAGGUGAAGUAACAAUGGGAAAGGCGGUGGUUCUGAUGGUGUUAUGGCUGACGGCGAGUGCGACGGUAUGCCGGAGUUCUAACACGGCGGAGAGGGGUGUCGAGAACGUGAAAGAUAAGGCGAGUAAGGUGGCAGGGAAUGUGAAGGUGAAGGCCGAAGGUGCUGUGGAUGGGGCUAAGGAUAAAAGUGGCACAUGGGCAGAUUGGGCCAUGACAAAAGUCACCACGGGUCUUCGUUUAAAUAAGGAUGGUGUCAAAGAAGGUGCUCAGAAUGCAGUGGAUAAAGCUAGUGAUGCUGCAUCAAGAAGCACAACCCAAAUGAACAAUGCUGCUGCUGAAACUUCAAAGUACGUGUCUCAAAAGACCGAAAAAGUGGGAAACUUGGCAUCUGAAAAAGCAAGUCAAGCCAUGGGCUGUGGUGGUGAUGCUCAAGAAAAUGGAGAGGUGGUUGGAUUAGAAGCAUAUGCAUACAUUUCUGGACUUGCAAAUGAAGCCAUGAAAAGAGUUCAAUCAAUGACUAGUGGUGCUGAAGUGAUAAUAGAAGAGAAAGGGAAUUAUGCAUAUGAUGAAGGUUCAGAUAUGGCCCAAAAUGCUAAAGAAACAAUGAAGGAUAAAGCAUCUGAAGCGUAUGAUAAUGCGGAUAAAAAAAUACGAAUGACAACUGAUAGAGUGGUGUCAGAGGGUAAAGACAAAGCAGAAGAUGCGUACAACUCAGCCGCUGACGUGGCGUCUGAUGUGGCGGAUCAUGCAAAAGAGAGAGGUUCUGAUGCUUAUGAUAAGAGUAAAGAUAAGGCUGAGGAAGCUUUUGGGGUUGCAAAAGAUGCAACGAAGGAGAAAGGUAAGGAAGCGUAUGAUGUUGCAAAGGAGAAAUCAUCGGAUGCUUAUGAUGUUGCAAAUGAGAAAUUGAAGGAGAAGGCUAUGGAAGCUUAUGGUGUUGCACAAGAUAAAGGUUCAGAUGCUUAUGAUGCAGCUAAAGAAAAAGCAACCGAUGGUUAUGAUGUAGCUAAAGACAAAGCAUCCGAGGGCUAUGAUGUAGCCAAAGAAAAAGCAUCGGAGGGCUAUGAUGUAGCUAAAGACAAAGCAUCCGAGGGAUAUGAUGUAGCUAAAGAAAAACUAUCUCAAUCCUAUGAUGCAGCUAAAGAUAAGAUUGAUGAAUCUGGGAUUACAAAGGAUUCAAUGAAGGAGAAGGGUAAGGAAACAUAUGAUGUUGUGAAAGAAAAAGCAUCUGAUGCUGCGGAGAAUGCAAAGGAAAAAGCUAAGGAAAAUUAUGAGGUUGCUAAGGAGAAGACAUCAGAUGCUGCAGCGAAUCUAGGAGAGAAAAUGAGGAAUUAGUUAAUGCUAUAUGUGAGAAUUCAACAUGAACUUCUUUUGAUCAUUACUAUGAUGCAUGGCUGUCUUCGUUCUCCUUGAGGUUUCUUCUUUCUUGUUUUUAUACUUUUGUUGGUAGAAUAUACAUACAUCAUAGAUUGUUGUAGCUCUUUGUUUUAUAAAUAUAUAGUUAUAAUACGCGAU